CAUCUUUCCAUUUAAAUAUUUUUACAAAAAUUUAUUUUCCUUUUUUUCAUUUUAAAUUUAUCAUUUUUGCAUUUUAAUUUUUUUACACACAUUUUUGACAAAAAGGAACACAUAACUGUUUUUAAAACGAUUAACCACCCCUUCGAUCGCUUUGCUUCAGCAUUUCCUCCGCUUCGUCCAUUUCGUCCAUUUGGCCCAUUUCGCCCACUUCUUCCUCUUUUAAACGCAAAAUUAAAGCAAUUGUGCGAUUAAAAAAUUCAUUCCAUGCUUCACAUUCAAGUUUGAAAUAACACUCAUUCAGCCGAACACAUCCCUGUCCUCUCACCCCUUUGGCAAUUACAUAUUAAAACGAUUGGCAUAAUUUUCAACACAGUGGGAAGGAACACCUACGAACACCUACAUUUGACAGUCCUACAAAUAACAUAUUUACCGCAAAACUUUUGACUUUUAAAAAUGGCCACUGGAUCCGAAUAUAAAAACGCCCCCCUCAAACUACCCGCAGAAGUUGCUGAAGAAAUAGCAACCACAGCAAAGAAGCUUGUUGAAGCAGGAAAGGGAAUUUUAGCUGCUGACGAAUCGACCCAAACUAUUAAGAAAAGAUUCGAUAACAUCAAUGUAGAAAACACCAUCGAGAACAGAGCUAGCUACAGAGACCUACUUUUCGGAACCAAGGGAUUAGGCAAAUUUAUAUCAGGAGCAAUUCUCUUUGAAGAAACCCUAUUCCAGAAGAAUGAAGCUGGUGUCCCUUUGGUAAAUUUAUUACACGAUGAGGGAAUCAUUCCAGGAAUUAAAGUUGACAAAGGAUUGGUUACCAUCCCAUGCACUGAUGAUGAGAAGUCCACCCAGGGAUUAGAUGGUCUAGCUGAGAGGUGUAAAGAAUAUUACAAAGCUGGUGCAAGGUUUGCAAAAUGGAGAGCUGUAUUAGUAAUUGAUCCAGUAAAGGGAAAGCCAACUGAUUUAUCCAUUCAGGAAACUGCAUGGGGAUUAGCUCGAUAUGCAUCCAUCUGUCAACAGAACAAACUUGUGCCAAUUGUUGAACCCGAAAUUUUGGCCGAUGGUUCUCACACUAUAGAGGUAUGCGCAACUGUAACUCAGAAGGUCUUAGCUUCUGUUUUUAAAGCAUUACAUGAUCAGGGAGUUUUGUUGGAAGGAGCUUUAUUGAAGCCCAACAUGGUGACCGCAGGAUACGACUGUGCUGUGAAAACCAAUACUCAGGAUAUUGGUUUUCUCACAGUGAGAACUUUAAGUAGGACAGUGCCACCAUCCUUACCAGGAGUUGUAUUCUUAUCUGGAGGUCAAUCUGAAGAAGAAGCAUCUGUCAAUUUGAAUUCCAUCAAUGCGUUAGGCCCACACCCAUGGGCGUUGACCUUUUCCUACGGUAGAGCAUUGCAGGCAUCUGUCUUGAAUACCUGGAAAGGAAAGAAGGAGAAUGUUGAGAAGGCCAGAGAAGUGUUGCUAAAGAGAGCAGAAGCGAACUCCUUGGCGACUUAUGGAAAGUACAAGGGAGGUGCAGGCGGAGCCGAUGCAGGAGCAUCCCUUUACGAAAAGAAGUACGUCUAUUGAGGUUUCCCCACACAUACGAAGAAGAAGAAGAAUUAUUUAAAAAAAAAAAAAAAUGGGCACUUUGAAUUUGAAGCAUCAGCAAUGUGUGUAAAUAUGUACAAUAUGAGUCCGCCCCCUCUGAUGAAGCGCCACAAAACGAAGACUUUACCCUUUAGGAAGUGUGUCCUGCUAGACACGGAUUCGCACAAACCUGUGCAGAUGAAGCAGUUAUAUCUGCUGCUCGCCGCAUAAGCUCCUUCCUUUUUAUGCGUGCCGGAACCAUCUGCAUAUACACCGUUUCGUAGCCCCGAUGUAUUUUUACUUUCCCCCCCCAAGCCGAUACGUAUAUAUAUGCAUUCCAUGUACUAUUAGCAAGCAUUCACGAUUUUUCUAAUUAAAUUAGUGCUUUGACCGAGCGCCGACAAAGGUGUAUACGAGCACGUGUACCACCUAUGUAUGUAUGCACGUAUGUGCAUGUGUACGUGUGUGUCCAUGUGUUCAUAUGUCCCAUCGAUUAUCAUUUUUACACCACGUGUCAAGCCAUGCAGCCGAGACUUUUUAAUAUUAAUUAAAAAAGAGUCAACC